AUGAGGAGUUGGCAGCAUGUUGCCUUCUGGCUUCUUGUAUUAACCAGCUGCGUGAGCGUCACCACUCCAAGUUUACUCGCCUUAAAAAGGAAGCUGCUUUUCGGAAGUAGAGGUGGAGGGGAAGGCUACAACGGCGACAGUGGGGCAUAUCAUAGUGGCGGCUACAAUGAGAGAUAUGGAUACCACAGAGCAUCAGAAGGUGGUGGUUAUAUCAACGGAGGAGGCAGCACCAUAAGACUCUUUGUCGAUUACCCAGCCUAUAGCGGUUACCACGGAGGAGGUGGUGGUAACAACGGAAGAGGAGGUGGUUACCAUGAAGGAGCACCCCAUUCGUACGCCAUCAGCAGUGCUAGUAGUUGGGCAUCCGGAAGAGGUGGUACUGGCGCAUAUGCCUCUGCUAAUGCUUACGCAGGAAGUUGGUAA